AUGUUAUUAGUUAAUGAAGUGGUUGAACAUAAGCUUAAUCCACAACAAAAACAUAAUGAAUUUGAAAUACAUUUUCCACAUGAUAAUGAGACAAAAGCUUUAUCAAUAACAAGAUAUUAUGAAUAUCUUUAUGGAAUGUUAGCAUUAAGUACUAAAAAUAAUGAAGAAGAAUUACUUGAGGAUGAAAAAGAAAGAAAUGAAGUUUUACAUAGAACUGCUAAACAAAUCCUUUUACUAUUAAGAUUUUAUAGAUUAGCUAAUAUAAAUAUUCAAAGAAAUAAUGAAUAUGAUGAGUAUGCUAUUGAUAUUGGAACAAGAGUUGCUUAUCAUAAAAUAAGAUUUAGUGAACUUGCUAAUUCAAUGGUACAAGAAAAGUACAAUUUUAUCCCGAGAUUUUUUACAUUAACAAAUAAAAAUUUAAGAGGUGAAUUCAUGUCUCAAAAUAGAAUUAUCGCAUUAUGCUCUAUUUGUAAUAAUUAUGACCUGAAUUCAUUUAACGUUAGUUUCAAUGUCUCAAUGAUUCCAAAUUUUGUAAAAUAUUCUGAAAGUCUCAAUACAUCACAACAUGUUUAUGGGUUACUUUUAGGAAAACAAAAAGAAAUUGGUACAGUUGAGUUAUGUCGUAUAUUAUCAUUUGGAGAAAAUCAAGAUCUUUUUGAUCCAAAAAAUUUAAAAAUAGUUGUAAACAAUAUUGCUGCAAGAGGAUAUUUUAUUUAUGGAAUUAUUUGUUACAAUCAAUCAUCUGCAUCUCUUUUAAAAAUGCCAGAAAUAAAAUAUCGUGAAUAUGUUAAUUGUGGAGCAUUUGUAAUUAACUAUUUUAAACAUGUUGGAGUGUCUUUAAUUUACCAUUUUCCAAGAGUUGAUGAAGAAAUAUGGAAACCAAUAAUUCCAAAUCAACCAUUAUUAGAAUAUGUUGUUACUCAUUUUACUUCUUGUUCACAUAUUGAUAUAAAUCAUGUUGUUGAAAGUAAAAUUACUGAACAUGAUAGAUAUAUUAUUGAUAUUUAA